AUGGGAAUGGACACAAUUCAACCGAUUGAACUGAGUCGCGCGACAGGCGCCCUCUCAAAGCGGCCUUACGUACCGCAAGAAGCACUUACAUGCGGUCAAAAAGUGAAACGAUGGUUCAAAAAAUAUUUCUUGGAAGGACAGCACUUGGAAGAGGAAGCCGAGGCUGAACUGCAAAAACUACCAGAAAAUCCAACAUGGGAGGAUCUGAUCUUUAUAAAGUACAGAAAAUUCGUGGCCAUGCUUAUCCCGUUCACCCUCAUGCAGGUACCACUUUUCCCCGACCGUGACUUUUACCUACAAGAAACCAGUAAAUGUUUUUUGAGACUGUUUGGUGGAUGGUUGCUAUUCGACACAACUUUUUUCAAUGGUAUCCGGACUACUGGCAUAUGCCCGUUACGAUGA